AUGACCCUCCUUUUCCUCCUCGGCCUGCUCGCGGCCGCCAUCACGUCCGUUCACGCCCAGACAUGGACCGACUGCAACCCGACCAAGCAGAGCUGCGCGCCCGAUCCGGCCUUUGGCACGUCGUGGACAUGGAACUGGAGCUCCAACAGCAUCCUUGACAGCACCUGGAACAUCACCAACGGCGCCGUCGACUACACCGACAACGCCAUGAUGUUCUCCAUCCAGAAGAGGCUGGACUCGCCCACCAUCCGCUCCAACUUCUACAUCUUCUUCGGCCGCAUCGAGUACCACGUGCAGGCCGCCCCGGGCCACGGCGUCAUCAGCAGCGUCGUCCUGCAGUCCGACGACCUCGACGAGGUCGACUGGGAAUGGGUCGGCUCCGAGAGCCCCCAGGUGCAGACCAACUACUUCAGCAAGGGCCAGACCGUCAACGGGUCGGCCGCCACCUUCAACAUCAGCGGCAGCACCACCGACGACUACCACAACUACACCACCUACUGGACCAAGGACAAGCUCGAGUGGUGGGUGGACGGCCACCUGCUGCGCACGCUGAACUAUGAGGAUGCCGAGGGCGGCACCGCGUACCCGCAGACGCCCAUGACCAUCCGCCUGGGCAUCUGGCCCGGAGGCGACCCGUCCCAGCCGCAGGGGCGGAUUGAAUGGGCCGGCGGUGUGAUUAAUUAUGAUGAUGGGCCGUACAACAUGUAUGUGCAGCAGGUGAGCGUGCAGGACUUCUCCACGGGCAAGGAGUACGUCUAUUCGAACCGGGACGGGACGUACCAGAGCAUCACCAUUGUUCCGGGCAACUCCACCGCCGCGGAGACGCUCUAUAAGCACCACGAGUCGGUGGCGCAGAAGUGGGCGAACCUCCCACAAGGCGCCAAGGUGGGCGUCUACGCCGCAGCCGCAGGAGCGGCCGGGCUGGGGCUGGCAGUCCUGAUCUUCUG